AUGGCCUGUAAUUCCAACCGCUCUUACAGGGAAAAUAAAGAGAACGAGACCUCUAAUCCAAGUCGCUUAUACAAAAAAAAUAAAAAAGAUAAUUUUUACGAAAAAGGCGUAAGCGCAUUCAAGGAAGGUGAUUUUGAAAAUGCAGAAAUAUAUUUUACAAAGGCAAUUGCAGAAGACCCGGAUGUUUUUCUUAUUUACGAGUUUCGUUGUUCUGUACGCGAAAAGUUAAAAAAAUCGGAAUUGGCAUAUCAAGACGCAUUGAAGAUGAUUGAAUUGGAAGGAACAUCCGCAAAAGGAUACAUUCGAGCUAACCGUGCUUUGAGGCAAUUAAAUCAACACGCUAAAGCUCAAGAAAUAUUGCAUAACGGUAAACAAAAAGUAACACGGAAUGGACCACUCUAUCAGAGAACUUUUGUUGGGCGUAGUUAUGAUUUCAUUCAACUUCUUCCAAAUGAGAUUGUUCAUGAAAUACUUCAAAAGCUACCAUUAAAGAGCCUCUGCAAAGCGACCUUAGUAUCCAAAAACUGGAGGAAUUUUAUCAAUUCUUCAUCAUUAUUAUGGAGUCACUUGGAUUUCACCAGCAAUCAAAUAUGCAACAGAAUUACAGACCAAAUUCUUCUCAACUUCGCAAAGAGAGCUAAUCGCCAUUUGCGAUCACUGAUCUGUUGUGAAUCGAUAAAUCUUUCAGAUGCGUCAUUGAAAAUCUUGGCAAAUUAUCGAUGCACUCAUAUUGAAAACUUUGAAAUCACCGUCAACAAGAAAAUAACCAGCUCUCGCUUUACAAUGUUCUUUAAAUCUAUGGGUUUGCAUUUGACUAACAUUAAUUUGCUGGGAACGAUGGCAAGCACGCAAACGGUAAAAAUCAUUCUGGAGACAUGUUCAGAUCUGAAAGCACUGAAUAUCUCUUAUUGCCCAAAGAUUUCAGAAGAUCCAUUCAAUCCACAGAUAGUAAACUCCAAAGUAUCCAAUCUGCAAGAGAUCUAUCUGCAAGAAUGUCCUGCUGUCAGUAAUAGUACGCUCGAUUAUCUGUUACUAUUAUUCCCGAAAUUGGUCAAGCUUGAUUUACGUGAUAAUCCAAAAUUAACUACUGAAAUUUUCGAUGGACUUGGCAACUUCUCCGAAUUGGAAUCGGCUCAAUUAAAAUUGUUAAAAAAUGAAUAUAAUAUCAUGCGACCAUUCGACGAAUCUUUUCCAUAUUUUGUGAAUUCAUGCUCGCGCAUUAGAUAUUUCCAAUUCUCUUUUUUCACUUCAAUGACUGAUUCCUCCAUCCAAUCACUGACACAAGCAUGGUAUGACCUUGAAACCUUGGAUUUACAAGGAAAUAUCCAGUUAAGCGACCAGACUCUACGUCAUAUCAGCGAAAAUUGUGAGAAACUGAGAGUAUUGAUUAUAGGCCAAUGUCCAAGAUUGACAGAUGAAGGCGUGAAUUUUAUUGGCAAUUCUCCAAGUGGAUUACGUGGCUCCCUCGAAAUCUUUGAUAUCUCUCACAACCCAAACAUCACAAAUACAUCCUUGACGUCUAUCGCAGAUAAUCUAACAAAUCUACGUGAACUUUAUAUCUCAAACUGUCCAAUGAUUACGGGAAGCGGGGUUGCAUAUUUGGUGCGUGCAAGGGUUGACAAAUUGAGGUACCUUGCUGUUGAAGGAUCCCCUAAUAUUGCAAGUGAUGCGAUUUCUUACGCUCGAAGAAUUUUAGAGACUAGAGGUGGAAAAUUAAGUCAUGUUCGAAAUGAGAAGGGAAAGAAAUUAUUCGUGUAA